AUGGACGCUCCGAAUCUUCUCACCAUCGAGGGGAGGGGGGGGGGAGCCCAGCUAGUAGUGCCUCCGCCCCCUCCGCUGGCUGCCGGAGAGGGCUCGGCGGACGGGCGCGAGGGGAACGCCGAUCGAGAUAAGUUCGAUCAGUCCGCUGGCGGUACCACCGCAGCAGGAGCAGCGGAAGCUUCUGUUGCAGAAGUAAACCCGGAUGACCCAGAUCACGAUGCUAAGGUGGUCGCGUUCGAGCGCUGGCUGCUGGAGAACGGAGCCAGGUUUCCUCGGCUCGAGAUCCGGCGGUACGACCCCGAGGUUCGAGGGGUGCACGCCCGAGGGGAGAUAGACCCCGACGAGGUCAUCGUGGAAAUCCCGCUCAAGAACAAGAAGCAGCGGAGGAAGAGGCCGACAGGAUGGUCGCUGCAGAAGCCGGAAAAGGAUGGCUCAGCAAGCUGGAGACGGUGCCUGGUUACGGUGGAGAUGGGCAAGGCUCUGCCGGUGGGCCAGGCCGUGCUCGCGUCCGGUGUGUCGUUCGACGCCCCCAAGCACAUCUUCCUCAUGCUCUUCAUCCUAACCGACAUGAGGAGGCCGGACACGUUCUUCCGCCCUUACUACGACCUGCUGCCCACCACCCUGAGCAACAUGCCCAUAUUCUGGACGGAGGAGGAGAUGAGGUUACUCCAGGGAUCCUACCUCGUCACCCAGGUGGAGGAGCGAAACCAAGCGAUCGAGGGCGACUACGGCGUCAUCUGCGACCUCUACCCGCCGUUCCGCGACGUGGCGACGCUGGAGGAGUUCAAGUGGGCCCGCAUGUGCGUGUGCAGCCGCAACUUCGGGCUGGACAUCAAUGGGCUGAGAACCAGCGCCCUGGUCCCUUACGCGGACAUGCUCAACCACUACCGUCCGCGAGAGACGAAGUGGACCUACGACAACAAUCGCGGGGGCUUUACCAUCACGACGCUCCACCGCAUCCUGGGCGGUGCCCAGGUGUACGACAGCUACGGGCAGAAGUGCAACCACCGCUUCCUGCUCAACUACGGCUUUGCGAUAGAGAACAACCAGGAGGCGAACGGCUUCUGCCCCAACGAGGUCCCGCUGCUGUUCCGCUUGGACGCGCGAGAUCCCCUCCGACAAAAGAAGGCCAGGUUUUGGAGGAUGGACGGGCCGGAGCAGAGGCGCGUCCGGCUGUGCGUCGGCGACACGGACGCCGUCAGAGGCGCCCUGUCGAUGCUCAGGGUUAUCGUUGCCGACGCGGCGGAGAUGGGUGCUCGAUACAUGUACCGGACGGUCAAGGACGUCCGCUUCCCGCUGAGCGUGCGCAACGAGGUGGCGGCGAUGGAGCGGCUGCUGUUGCUCACGACGGGGGCACUUGACGCCUACCCGACCACUCUGGAGGAAGACCGAGCGGCACUCAAGAACGGCGGCCUGGAGCCCUUCUCGAACCGUCGGCACGCCCUCAUCCAGGUCUACGGGGAGAAGGUGGUGCUGGCGCACUACGUCGACCUGGCGGAGACGGCGCUUGCCUGCCUCGCCGCUGUGGACACUACGGAGCUAGUCAGCAGGUGUCGCGACAAGGGGAAGCUGAUCAGGGACCACUGCUCCGGGCCGAUCAAGAACAUCUACGAGCAGGACAGAGCCAAGGGUCUUAUCGCACCAAAUCGAGCUUGGGGGGGGCAGAUGACUGCGGAUCCCACCAUCGUAUGACACGGAGAGACAACCGUAGAUAAUGUCCAAUCUUGGAGGCUCGGGGUUGAAAAUUACGGCGACGCGCUCGGGAAGUGGGGGCGCUAGCGCUAUAUAGGGCGUGGGAGGAAGCGCGCGCGAAUGGGAUCAUGGGAGAUUGGCGCUUGCAAGUCGGAUGCGCGGUCGAACCGGUGGAUCGAUCAAUCAAUCACGGACGGGUUUGCAGAAGAUUCAGGUUUGGAUGCAGGGCUUACAAGAUGGAGUGCGCGGACGGUACGCGUUCGUUGCGCGCGUUGUGUUGGUUGACGU